AUGAUCGUCUGUGUGCAGCUUCUUCACACCCAGCAGCUCCUUCCUAGAGGAACUCCUCUGCUUCCAGAAAAGUUAAGGAAAAAAACGACGUGUAGCUCAACGUCGUGUAGCUCAACGUCGUGUAGCUCGUCGUGUAGCUCGUCGUCGUGUAGCUCGACGUGUAGCUCGACCUCGGCGUGUAGCUCGACGUGUGGCUCGUCGUGUAGCUCGUCGUGUAGCUCGUCGUGUAGCUCGACGUCAGUCCUCAGCCUCUACUUGGUGACCUCUGUGGGAGGAGCCAUAAUUAGGAAUAAUAAAAACUAA